AUGAAUCAUGAGGUGCAAGAGGAGCCCAAGACAUCCAGCAACAGAGAGUCACAGCUAGAUCUGUUCAGUUUAAUCGGAGGAAGUUGGCCACCAGCACCAAGAGAACCUGAGAGACAAUAUGGUACUGUACCAAGAACACCCAAAAAAACUCUACAGUAUGCUCAUGAAAGAGUGAAGUCAGUCAAUCUAUUGAAUCACAUAGUACCAGAUAGAAGGAAAAAACCAGUGUUUAAUUCUUCUUCAAGCAGUAAUUUUUAUACUAAGAUGGUGCAUGAUACAAAAAAAAUUGAAACUGGAGUUUUAGUCGAUGUAGGCGGUAAUGGAAUUCCGGAAGAACUAUAUGACACACCAUCUCUUGGAUCGCCUAGAUCAAUACCUCGAUGGCAGGAAAGACAGUCACCCAUACACUUGCAAGACGACAUUGGCGUUGGUUCGUUGGUUGAAGUAGCAACUGACGUAAACCAGCAUUACUAUGGUGUGGUCCGAUGGAUUGGAAUUAUUGAUGACACAGCAACAGCAGGUGUAGAGCUGGAACAGAAUGUGUGUGGUUUGGGAGAUGGCAUUCGUAACGGGCAACGAUUAUUCCCCUGUGCUCCGGGUCGUGCGUUGUUCGUACCACUUGCAUUGUGUCGACGUGAUGCAAGGUUUAGAGACACGCCCCCGCCGGAACGACAUUUGCGUAAUGAGGAACAUUUUGAUCAGCCCGAUUGCCCAGUAGUCCCAGGCGUUGUGCCGCCUUUAAACUCUUUAGGCGACUUAGCAGGCAAGAACCGAGGUAUUCAAGGCCACCACAAUUCCUGUUAUCUCGAUGCAACUUUGUUUGCUAUGUUCACUUUUACAAGCGUUUUUGAUGCACUUCUAUAUCGACCACCAGAACCUGAAGAUUCACCGCACUACAGUGAAGUACAACGCGUACUUCGCGAAGAGAUAGUGAACCCGUUACGACGUCACGGCUACGUGCGAGCCGACCGCGUUAUGAAAUUGCGUACGUUACUUGAAAGGCUUUCGGACGUGCCCGGACUUACUUCAGAAGAAAAGGAUCCUGAAGAAUUCCUAAACGGUCUAGUAGCACAGUUAUUAAGGGCUGAACCAUUCCUAAAGUUAUCUUCAGGACAGGAGUCAUAUUGCUACCAAUUGUUCGUUGAAAAGGACGAACACGUUACUUUGCCGAGCGUACAACAAUUGCUAGAGCAAUCUUUCGCCACUUCUGGGGUUAAACUUAGUGAGGUCCCUGCAGCAUUUAUUAUUCAGAUGCCUAGGUUUGGAAAGAACUACAAAUUGUAUCAAAGGGUUUUGCCGUCACCACUUUUGGAUGUGACUGAUCUAAUUGAAGGACUACCCCGUCAGUGCGCGGUAUGCGGCAGUCUUGCGCGUUGGGAAUGCAGUGCGUGCGUAACGGGUGGAGCCCUCGAUACAGGCGCCCUCUGUACUUCUUGUUUAAGACUCGCGCACGCUACUCGCCCCACACAUAAGGCAACACCGUUAGCAAGAUGUGAGGAAUACGCGAAUAUAUUGGAGUCGUGUCCCGUACCACGUGUUUAUAUGGAGUUAUUCGCAGUUCUUUGUAUAGAGACAAGUCAUUAUGUUGCCUUUGUGAAGACAGGCGUCGCACAUGAUGCUCCUUGGUGCUUCUUUGAUUCCAUGGCGGACCGAAAAGGUGAACGCAACGGCUACAACAUACCAGAGAUAAUAGAAAUAGAAGAAUUAGCGGGUUGGGUUAGUGACGAAGGGGGUCGGGCUUUACACGCUUCCGCGCCUCAUGAUCGACUUCUACCAGCCCACGCUAAACGGUUACUCGCCGACGCAUAUAUGUGCUUCUAUAGGAGCCCAGACGUCGCUAUGUAUAGAUAG